AUGGCCGGGAGCGCGAGGUCGGCGGCCGCGAAGCACGCGUACCGGAUGUUCACGCCGUCCCGGAGCGCGGCGGCGCGGGGCAGCCCCGGCAGCGCGGCGGACGAGUUCGACGAGUCGGACGUCUGGGGCUCGUUCGGCGGGGCGGACUCCGGCCCCGCGGAGCUCGCGCGCGCCCGCACGAUCCCGUCGUCCGCCCGCGCCAGCGGCCGGAAGAAGCCGCUGGACCAUGCCCAUGCCGGCCCCGGCGCCGUGCCCGGGUCGCUGCCGAUGAGCAUCCCAGACUGGCAGAAGAUCCUGGGGGUCGAGUACAGGGGCCACCACGCCGGCGAGUGGGAGCUCUACGGCGACGACGACGACGACUACGGCAAGCUGGGCGCCGGCUGCCGGAGCGGCGCGGUGGUGCCGCCGCACGAGCUGGCGUGGCGCAGCCGCGCCGCGUCCCUGUCGGUGCACGAGGGGGUCGGCAGGACGCUCAAGGGGCGCGACCUCAGCCGCGUCCGCGACGCCGUCUGGAAGAGGACCGGCUUCGAGGACUGA